AUGGGUACACGCAGAGAGCAGAGAGCCAACCGUGAGACUAUAAAUUGUUACCGGUUAGGCAAGAAGAAGAAUGGAGACUUUAAAGAGCCUUUAGCUAUCGUUGGAUAUUCUCAAAGAUUUACGAAACCUGGAACGAUCCCCGGGCUGAAUAUAGGGCAUGCUAAGUUGCCGUCGUAUUCCACUCGAAAUAAUUCUUUGGCCUUUCGUAACUUUAUAAUCGUGAUAAAGAACGAGGCGGUACGAAAAGUGCCGGUGAUUAAUGCACAGAGAGAGAGAGAGAGAGAAAGAGAGAGGGGUGGAUGGGGAGAGACCGGUCGGUCGUUAGAGAACGCGGCACGACGUAGCGCGACGUACGGGGGAAAUUGGUUUUGCAUUACAAAGCCGGUGGUUCGUGAUAAUAGAGCGGUUCAUAGGCGCAAGUACGAGCACUUACCCUCUAUGAAUUGUCCAAUUAUAUUAUUAUUCGAGGCGAAAUCCGUAGACUGGUUUCCGACGGAGAGACCCGCGAUACGUACUGGUUCCAUCCCUCGAUUCGCAAUGUCGAUACCAAUUGUCGACUUCCCGAGAUCGUUCUCCACUGGUGGGAAACCAGUGGUGAAGCAGAAAUCGAUAAAACACGAUCCGGCUUAUUUUCCCCGGAGAAGCGAUGACGAUUUGUCCACUCUUAGUUUUCAGCGAGAUUCUCGGUUAAUCGGUAACUCGCUUGUCGCGAGACAGUGUCGACAAGCUGCAGAAACAGUCGCCGAAACUUCCGACUGGUAUGAAAUAUACAUGGAGCGACAACGGCGCGGUAGCAUGACCCUCGUCGCUUUGUCAGGAUACUCGGAGUAUCAGGGGAUCGCUGAAAGGAUUACCGGUUGUCUCGAAAAUCCGAGGAUACCUCGUCCGAAGGUGAUAAUUUUUAUGUUACUGUCAUUUAUACAUCAUAAACGACGAUGACGUCUCGCUUACGUGAAACGCGAUGAACGCAAUGAAAGCUGCUUAUCCAUCAUUCACUAUGCAUUGCUCCU